AUGGCUGAUGACGGGUUCUUCCCACCCUGGGCUGCGUGCUUGGCGACAAAUCCAGACCUUGUUACAACAUCGCCAGCACCGACUAAAGACCUUGCGGCUCCAAGCUCUUCAGAGGCAACUCGCCUGCUACUGGAGCUGUGUCAGUUAUUCGAUCUGAAUGCAGACCCAUCUGGUGAAAAAUUGACGACACUGCCUCCUUGCAGGGCUGGUUUCCUCGCCGCUCUCAUGUUUCCUUUCUACCGAGUCCGUACCAUGACGCCUCAGCUUCCGCAACCCGACAUGCGCCCAGCAGGAAAUAACCGGAAAGCCCAUGACAGACGAACUGUCUUGCUUUAUUUGCGCGAUAUUCGGUAUUUUAUGUCGCUCAGCAUGCAUCCACCUUCGCUCGGGUCUAUUCUAUGGAGCGCUCUCUGGCAACCUGAUAUUGAUUGUAACUUGGUGAGUCCGUGGCUGGCUUCGUUUAUCAACGUACUAGACCAUAUCAUCAACGACAGGAAGCUAGAAAUUUUAGUCAAGGUCUUAGCCUUGCGCCGUCCAAGAGUCGGCAUUUGGUGGCUAGCUCUGUUCUUGCUUGGCGACCUCGAGAUUGUCCACUGGUUUCGACGUUAUGCAGAAACUCUCAUGGAGAAGCGUGCGUCCGCGACAUUAUCUGCGCCUGACCCAGUCGUAUCUGCCUGGACUGGAUCGAAACAAUCAUUCCUAGAUUAUGACAAAACAAAACGAUACAAGGGACUAAACGACUUGGUCUCCAGAGAAGACUUGCUUCGGUGCAGGCUAGUUUUCAACAGCCAAGACCGCUACUUUGCCUCCCUGUCUUGGCGGCCAUUUGGACACAUUGCGAUGCGAAACGUGGAGCUGGAACUCUGGCCGUACUUGGAGAGCGACUAUGCUUUCGUUUACGAUUCGUUCGCUUGGUACCAAGACGGCAAGCUCCUUCAUGUCAGCCGCGGCUUCCGAUCGGAAACAGGUCGUCACGUAAAAUGCGUACCGGAUGACUUGGAGCGCCGCCGGUCCGAGACCAACUGUCACACCGGGUGUCACCAUGACAUCAAGCUUGAGCCGAGCAGAAUCUCUACUUUGAAUAUGUUAUCACGGGCCAUAUAUGAUGCCACGGGUGGCCGCCACUGGGCGAAUACCGCACUGCCCGCUACAAGCCGGCAACAUUGGUGGCUGCGCGACUGGGAAGGGCUGGAUUCCUGGGACAGAUCCAUCAAGUUGAACCGUGAGGCAGAUAAUGCCGUGAAGCCACCAUCGCGGUUUCUGCUUGAUUGGAUUCGCCGUCAGACCCAAGAUUCGCAGGCCAAUGUGUAA